AUGGUUAAAAAACUAAUUUUAAUUGCAAUCUUAAUUAUAAGUAUAUUGACUCGUCCUCGUCAUCAUUGCGGUCAUGAAAGAAUUCCUAAUUCCGAUUUACACUUAUAUAUCGUUUAUAAUAAAGAAAAUAAUAGGAUAAAUGCAGGCGCAGUAUAUUGUUCUUUGUCAAGUGGAAAAAUUGCUAGACCUAAUUUUGGAAGGUUAUAAAAAGUAAAAAUAUAUAGAGGAAUAAAAACUGCUCUUUUAGCAUCCAAAAAUGUAGUUGCAGUUACAAGAAAAUAUUAUAAUUGCCCGACAGCUGAAGGUAUGUAAAUUGAGAAUUAAGGUGGUACAGGAACAAUUGGUGCUCAUUGGGAAAGAACUGUUCUUUAUAAUGAAAUAAUGACUGGAGCUCCAUUAUCUGUUAAUAGAGUUUUUUCUAUAUUUACAAUUGCUGCUUUGAAAGACACAGGUUUCUAUCCUGAAAUAAAUGAUAAUAUGGCAGAUUAAAUAUUUUGGGGAAAAGGAAAAGGUUGUGAUUUCUUUGAAAAAGGUUGUUAUAGUAAUACUAAAUUCCCUGAAUUUUCUUAUGUUUCUGAUGGUGAAUAUUGCUCAUUUGAAUAUGAAGGUGUAGGUGUACCUUAAGUUGACUAAUUUGCGGACGGAUGUACUAUAGUUAAACCUUAUUUAUAUGAACUUUGCACAAAUCCUUAUAGUUUAAAUGACGGAGAAGAAAAAGAAUAAGAAUUAGAUAAAUUAUCUCAUUUUUCAACUGAAAGUAAAUGCUUCUAAUCAUCAGCUACAGAUAGCAAAUCUUUAUAUCGUUAUAAUGCUUAGUUAAGAUGUCAUUUAUUCAAAUGUUUCGCAAAUGCAUCUUAAAUAAUGAUUAAAUUUCCCGAGAUUAAACAUGAAAUUAUAUGUGAAAAGGAGACUAAGGCAAAUAAAUAAUAAUUGAUAAAACUUUGA